AUGGAUUCAGAUCCGCAGUCAUCUGCAUUUUCGUUUUAUGAUGCAAGUCAGGACACACAGAUCAACCUUACACCAUCACAGGACGAUCUCAGCUCCACAUUCACGCCAAUGGUGGAAACUGAGAGGGUCAAGGUAGUGUGGGGAACAACAAUAGAUGUACACGAGACAGCAGAACGGUUCAAGGAGUUUGUGAGAAGGAAUAGAAGAUAUUUUGAUGCGAUUGAACAAAUGGAUCUUACUGAAGAGUUUGUGUUUGAUCUUGAUUGUGCAGACCUUGAGGAUGAGCUAAGGCGACAGGUUGAGAUGUAUCCGCAGGAGGUGCUGCCGAUCAUGCAGAACUCGCUACAAGAGGUAUUUAUGGAGAGCUUUCCUAGUUUUAGCCGUCAGAUAAGGAUUCGUCCGUAUGGGAUUGGUGAUGUGCUUUCAAUUCGUAAUAUUAAUCCAGAUGGAAUUGAUCGCCUUAUACAAGCAACAGGAAUGGUUGUUAGAACGUCCUGUGUGAUUCCUGAGAUUUCAAGGGCUUUUUUCAAGUGCCUGAGAUGCAUGAGAGAAUGUUUUGUAGAGAGUGUGAAGAAUCUGAUUGAGGAGCCAAGUAAGUGUGAAUGUGGAGGCAGAUACACACAGCAGAUGGUGCACAACAGAAGCGAGUUUGAAGACAAACAGAUUGUAAAGAUCCAAGAGCUUCCUGAGGGAACGCCAGAUGGAGCAACUCCAAUGACGCUUACUGUAGUGUGUAGAAACGAGUUUGUUGAUGAGCUUGUUCCUGGCGACAGGGUGAAGAUAUCUGGGAUUUUGAAGGCGACGCCUGUGAGAUUGAAUCCUGUGAUGAAGAAAAUCAAGAGUUCGUUCAGGGUGUAUGUUGAGUUAACAAACUACAAAGUUGAGAAGCGGAAGAAGAAUGAGGAUGGAUUUAUUGCGCAGAUUGAUGAUCUUCGUAGGAGACCUGAUGUGUAUGAGGUUUUAGCGAAUUCUAUAGCACCAUCGGUAUGUGGAAUGGACGAUGUGAAGAAAGCACUUCUUUUGCAACUGUUUGGAGGCAUAAGAAAGGAGCUUGGAAGCUCAAGGUUGAGAGGAGACAUCAAUGUGCUGCUGGCAGGAGAUCCUGGGAUAUCGAAGUCUCAGCUAUUGGGGUUUAUACACAGGAUAUGUGAAAGGGGAAUAUACACUAGUGGACGUGGAUCGAGUGCAGUGGGACUUACGGCAAGUGUAUCGAAGGAUGUGGAUUCUGGACAGUAUAUCCUGGAAUCUGGAGCGCUUGUGCUGUCUGAUGGGGGCAUAUGCUGCAUUGAUGAGUUUGAUAAAAUGAGUGAAAAUGCAAGGAGUGUUUUACACGAGGUGAUGGAGCAGCAGACAGUAUCUGUUGCGAAGGCGGGGAUAAUAACGACGCUGAAUGCAAGAUGCUCAAUCCUCGCGAGUUGUAAUCCUAUAGAAAGCAGAUACAAUCCGAAGAAAAGCAUUGUUGAGAAUAUCAACCUCCCUCCGACGCUGAUCAGCAGGUUUGAUGUUGUUUGUUUGCUAAUAGAUAAAUCUGAUGAGAAGCAUGACCGUGAAAUAGGCGAGCAUAUUGUAUCGAUGUAUUGCGAGCCUUUGAAGAAGAAGGAAGCUAUUGACGUUGUUUUUUUCAGAGCAUAUGUGAAAGAAGCACAAAGGGUUAUGCCAAGAUUAACCACGGAGAGUAUGAAGGAGCUAACACAAUGCUAUGUUGAUUUGCGACAGUUAGAUAAUGGAAAGACAAUAACAGCAACAACAAGACAAUUGGAGAGCCUGGUAAGGCUCAGUGAAGCACAUGCAAGAAUGAGGUUUUCUGAAACUAUUGAUUGUGUGGAUGUGAAGGAGGCUGAGAGGAUUAUCAGAGAGAGUCUUUUGAUGUAUGCAAUUGAUCCGUCCACUGGGAAGAUUGACAUGGACAUGGUGAUGACUGGCAGAAGUGUGUCCAGGGGCAAGAUGAUGGAAAGCCUCAAAGAUGCGAUUUUACUGAUGGCUGGAGACAAGGCUACUAUUGCAGAAGUGGUUAAACAUACUAGAGCAGAUGAGAAGAUGGUUAGGGAAGCAUUGGAUGAGCUUGUAUUGGAGGAUAAGAUUGUUCUGUCAGUAAAUGGAGAUUGCUAUGAGAAAAUAAAUACAAAUUGA